ACCGUUAUAAAAAACGUUAGAAUUCGGUCUGGCUAUUUUAAAUGGUGUGGUGUGAGUUUAAGAAGACAUCGUUUCACUUCGAGACCAACAGUCGUUCACUCCUAUAAGCCCUUCAUCUCUAUGAUGGAAAUGUGUGCCAUGAGGUAUUUUCUUCUUCUAUCCUUGGCUGUGUUUGCCGAACUUCAAGCAGGUUUGGAUACAAUGAAAUAAAAGAUCUUUGUUAUUAAAUUUUUAAUGCGCCGAAUUGCACUAACUUAAAACUUAAUGGUGAUGUUUUUGUUGUCUAUUUUAUUUUUUUUAAUCCUUUUUUUGUUUUGUUUUCGGUGGAAAAAAAAAGGGGGGGGGAUUAUUAUUCAUUUGUUCAAGUUUAAACGUUGGAGUUAAUAAUUAUUGACUAGUUUUGAAUGGGCGAGAAACAGUUCAUUUAAAAAAUAAAUUACAAAAUUAAAUCAUUCUCUUUUUAAAACACUUUAAUUUUAUAAAUGUCUUCAUAAGAAUUUCGAUUGGGAAAAAAAAACAAUUCAAUUAUCAUAACCAAACAUUUUUUUUUAAAGCAUUAAAAAGCUCGGUUUGAAAAACUAUUAAUAAUGCGUCAAAUGAUAUAUAAUAAUAAUUCCUUAGUGGUCGUUGUCCGCCUCACUUCAGAAAGGUAAUGCAGUCUUCUUUUGAACGUCCUCACAACACAAACUAAAGCUUUCGCAAGUAAAAAUUAUUAUGUUAUUAUUGGAAGUUUUUACACAAUUUAUUUUUCCCAUCCGCACAGUACCAUCAAGCGAUUCCCGAAGGUAAUACAAAAUUCCCGCGUGAUUCUUUGCUGAUCCACAGAGCGCCAUCAGAAAUUAUUUCUAUAGACUGUGCACCCCACCUCCGUAUUUAACACGCCCUCCCUGAUUGCGUCGCCCCAACCAGUUUUAAUAAUAUCAAAAACAAUUUUCCGUGACAGCCCUAGCGACUUGGCAGUUUUAUUCUCACAAAUUAUUAUUCCAGUAUUUUACUUAGAUUUGUCUAUUCAUUGUGAAAUAUGAAAUACUUCUCUGGUUAAAAUUUCACAAUUGGAAAAGGUAUUUACUUGUAAUGUAUUUUUGUCUUUAAGAUACUUCUUACAUUAAACAAUGAGUAUCUUAUAUAGGUAGACGUCAUGCAAUGUAGGUGACCGUCCCUAAACUAAGAGAAAAUGCCCCCCCCCCCCCACGAUCACAUCCCAGAAAACUUAAAGUUGAUGCCUAACUUUCGGGCACAUGCCAAUUGAACCACUGUUCAAAGCUUCCUUCGUGUAUGCGCGAACAGGACGCCAAUGUGCACGUUUAUACAAUGAAUUACGCGCGAAGACAAUCACGCAUGCCUUUAAUUGUUGAGUAAUCCCCUAUUUUACGUAUUAAAAAUCGUUUAAAACCUGGAUUAAAGCUGUCAAUAACAAGCGUGAAGUAAAACGGUGAUAUAGGUUAAGGGAUAACGCUGCCCCCAAAUAUAGUAUAGGAUAUCUAGAGCAAUGAUGGUUUUCGUACACAUUUACUAAUCGACAGGUCUCAUGAAAAUUCAAUCAUUCCGUUUAAGUAUUUCUGAAAUAUUAAUCUCACUUUUCUCAGAUUUGCUGAUGGAAGUCAAGCCCCUGGACAUAAUCGUUGGGCUUACAAGACAACUUUCCAUCAACUGUUCUUUCAUUCGAACUGAUAUUACAACCAUGGUGAAACUCAUUUCUCUGGUCAUCACGCGGUCGAAUGAGACCGACAGUCAGCGUUUUUACUACCAGGCUUCUGUGGAUGUCUUUGAUGGUCUCAAUAACGUCACCGGAGAUGUCUCGGGACUCAUAGACAACAGACAUGAAUCUUACAUAACGCUGACGUGGUACAGUCCAAGAUCGACAUUAAUCGGGGCGUACAGCUGUGAAGCCAAUGGAGAAAAUCUACACGGGCAGGUGGUAACGGUAACAAAGAUGGCGGAAGUCACCGCAACAAAACCGGAUGUAGAAAACUUGUUAGAUGUUCUAGAGCAGCAGUCUUACAUUCUCGAGUCUCAGUCCUCUUUACUUAAGCUUCAAUCCUCACAGCUUACAAAACUGCAGGAAGAUCUUGGGCAAAUAAGCUCGUCUGUCAACGAAAAGUGUAUCUGUUGUGAACGAUUCAACAAGUCUCUUAAAUCUAAGUAUGCCAUUUCGGGAUUGCACAAUGGCAGCCGCUACUAUCUGUCUCCCGCGUCAUGGAUACUGGUGAUGAAAGAAGCCGAGGCACAAUGUGAAUUAUUGGGUGGAUACCUUACAGAGGUGGACAGUGAAGAUGAAUAUCUGUUCAUCAAGAACUUCUUGGUAGCUUACCAAGAUUAUGAAAUCAUUUAUACUGGGGGGCAUGAUGAGGACUUAGAGAAUAACUGGGUCAAUACCUACAGCAAAUCUCCCGUAAAAUACAUCAAGUGGGCACAAGGGCAACCAAAUGAGGGAACCUCGGGUAACUGUCUCACUUUUUGGAGGGAUCAGGGCUGGACAAUGGCAGAUAAUAAAUGCUUUCAAGGAGUGUCACAAUACAUGGCUGGUUAUCUAUGUGAAGUCUCCGAAUAACAAUAAUUUGAUUGAGAUAUCAUAAAAUAAUUAACUUUAGAUUUAGCUCCUGGUGUGGGAAUUAAUAGACCGAUAUCAAACACCAAUUAAAAAGCCUAAUUUUAAAAAAGCUUGCAGUAUCACACAAAAUAAAUAUCCUUUCCUUGAUAACUAUUGGAAAAAAAUGUUGUAAAACUAAAAAAAAAAGUAUUUAUAUAUAUAUUCCACCCUCUUCAUCACACAUACCCAAGAUAAGUGCGAAUUCUUACCUUAAAGUUCGGACGCAAAGAUGUGUCCCUAGUCUGUUUUAGUUUCCCAGCCUGCUUUCCCAGCGGUUACCAACUCAAAAUGAUAACUAGCAAUAAAAAUUAUUUCUCUUAGUCCCAAUAAUCACUUAUUUAUUUUUUAAAUAUUUUCUUGUUUUUAUUAUUUUUUUUAUUGUUGUCAAAUACAUUGUAUCCUGAUUUCUACGCUAAAAAAAUA